AUGGAAAUUGCAGCGGUAGAAAAGGUGAUUGCCAUCGCCAAGUUGCCGACUACCCCAGUCACUACAGUUGAGAUAGAAUCACCAGAUCAGGAACUUUACUUGCUUAAUAGAAGAGACGAGGAAGAGAGAGACAGGCUAGACCAACAGAGCAAAGCCAUUAAGGUCAUCAGAGGCGGACACGUCCUUGACCCCCGAAUCCCCAAGCAAAAUGUGUCCAGAGUAGCAGAUAUAGCAACAGGUACCGGUAUCUGGCUCAGGGAAUUAGCUGAGGAAUUUGCGAAUGGAGGACACAACCUUCUGGAGACAGUAGGGUUCGACAUCUCUCCCGACCAAUUCCCCAAGAAUGCUGCUCGGGAAAAUAAGUUUGUAUUAUGGGACAUGACGAAGAGUUUCCCUAAAGAAUACCACGGUACCUUUGAUGUCGUGCACAUACGACUCGUGGUGCUCGCCCUGAAAGUCGAACAGAUCAAAGGCGUUGUGGAAAAUUUAGUCAAGUUACUCAAACCCGGUGGAUAUCUCCAAUGGACCGACAUGUCCUACCGCAACGGCCUCAAGAUAACACACUCCGCUGAUGAAAGCGAGCCCUUGUGGAAAACCGGGGUAGACAAGAUGUUCAAGCACUGGGGCGACCAAGGAUUUUCCUACGAUCCACCUGACGACGUCGAAAGGAUUCUCCAAAAUUUACCCGUGGAGGAUGUGCAUGUGACUGACCACACAUUUGCACCGUAUCACAAACCAGAAAUAAACGACCUGGUGACUGAGUGGCAAUCGCGCGCCAAAGCGCUGAUUAUAGAAUUGCUAUCGUCUCGGAAUGGAUCGAGUGACGAAGAAGCGAAGAUGGCUGCGUAUCUCUAUCGGAAGAAGGCGGUCGAGAUGAGAAAGCGGGGAGUAAUAUGGAGGUCACCGAUGGCAACUUUGGUUGCUCGAAAGGAGUAG